AAACAAAAGGGCCUUAACAUAACGUUAGCCGCGUGCCUAAUUGUGAAAAGAUUCACAAUCACAACUUUACUUGUUAUUAAUUGUAUGAAUGGUAUCGGACGCGGAGGUCGAAGCGGCAACGCGGCGCCCGUGCGAAGCGGCAACAUGGCGCCUCGAGCGCGGAGCGGCAACGUCGCGCACUGAUUCAGCACAUCACAUUCAAUUUUCGAGAUAUCACGGCGACGUGCGACUGCCGAGUCGCAGGGGGCGGGCCGACUGUCGCACCCGGCCAAUCACCGGCGACCAACGCGCGCACCCGCGGCAGUCGCACGGCGCGGUCCGACCCGAGCGUGCGUCAGUUUUGUCGCAUAACAAUAUCAAAACAAACGAUAAUCAUACUUUACCAGAUAUAUCUUAAAUCUUUGUGUCAAAUCAUACAGAUUAAGGUUUUGGAAAGUGUAUAAGCAGAAAAG